AUGGCAUUCAGAUCAUACAAAACAGCCGCGGACAACAACGACCCAUUCGCACAAGCAUCAUUGGGCAACUGUUAUUUGGACGGCACCGGGGUGGAGACAAAUGAACAUGAAGCGUUUUUGUUGUAUAAGAAGUCGUCUAAGUUGGGAAAUAUUCGAGGACAUUGUAAUUUGGGGCAUUGUUAUUUGAAUGGUUUCGGAACAGAAAAGGAUGUCACGAAGGCAAUAAAACUGUUCAAGUUGGCUGCUUUAUUAGGAAAUGCUGUGGGUCAGUUUAAUCUGGCAUUGUGUUAUGAACAAGGUUGGGGUGUGGAAAUUGAUACGAAAGAAGCAUUCCAUUGGUAUAAAAUUUCUGCUGGAAAUGGGUAA